AUACAACAGAGCCAAGGAAAAGGAAGGGCUGCCUAACCCAAGGAACGCGGGCAUACGACAAGACCCAUCGAUCCACCGAGGAGAUUCGGCAGCAUGGAUUAGCACUCUACAAACAUGUAUUAGAAAAAGCCUCUCUGCGUCCGCAACAGGAAGGUCGAGAGACAGCUCCAAUGGUGGAUUGGCUGCGUCGCUUUUGUCUCAUUGCUCCUUAAAUAGGGACACUCUCUCCUCUUAUUCCUCACACCUUGCCAUGUCCGCCUGCCUCUUGCGGUUGAGCAAACACGUAUAGCUAUCGACAAUUACCACAGACGCCUUUUGCUUGGAGAGGGUUAUGGAUGAACCCGGCUGCUCUCUGUCGAUCUCCAGCCUCCUCUGCCAGGAAGACGCGACUGAUCUGGAUCCGGAUUUGGAUUUGGAUUUGGAGUUUGAAGAUGAACUGUGUCAGGCGUACCUGCUUCUCAAAGACGCGAUUUUUACGGACGAGGAGUACAUCCAGGAGCUGGCCUCGAGAGAGAGGAGCAGCUUCGAGAGGCAGGACCGUGAAUUCUCCUCUUGUGACGAGUGCUUGGUUCCGGCGGACAACUGGUUCAAGCGUGCCCGCUCCGACGCCAUCCGAUGGAUCUUGAACACCACCGCCCGUUUCGGCUUCGGCUUCCAAACAGCAUAUCUAGCAGUGGCUUAUCUUGAUCGUUUCCUUCGACGGCGAAGAAUUGAUAACGGGAAGCCAUGGGCGACCGGAUUGCUGUCGACGGCAUGCUUGUCCGUGGCGGCGAAGAUGGAGGAGCGCCGAGUGCCGCCGCUCUCGGAGAUGCAGAUCGAGGGGUACGCGUUCGACAGCAAUGCGGUGCAGAGGAUGGAGCUCCUCCUCCUGGAUACUCUGCAGUGGAGGACGAACUGCGUGACGCCAUUCGAUUACCUGAGUUAUUUCAGAUCGAAGUUCCAGUGUGAGGAGUCACUGCACAAAGCCAUCGACUUCAUCUUUGCGGCCAUCGAUGGUUUGUCAUUGGCUUCCACUUUCCAUACAGUUGCUGCAGCUGCCAUAUUGGCCGCAUCCAGCGAAAUCUACUCCAAGGAGUUACUGGAGACAAAGAUGAGCACUACGUCACUGUUCCAAUCCUUUUCAGAAAAGGAACACGUGUUUUCCUGCUACAGUAUCAUGACUCAGGAUCUGCCCAAGAACAUGAUAACACCCAAGAGGUCGUCUUCUUCUGAAGCAUCAGAGAACUAUUCCAGCAUCACCGUUGCCAUCGACAGUGCCUCCAUCAGCUCGUCAAGAACUAAGAGGAGAAGGUUGCGGUUGCCAGAUAUCCAUUAGAGACCAACCUAACACUGAUUUUUGGAUGUGCAUGGGAAUGUCUUGAUUUUGAUUCUUCUUUUCUUUGACUUUUGUUUUUGAUUAUUGGUUGUGUGAGUGCAUGUUUGGAUGGUUUAUGGUUGGAUUGGUUGGUUCUUAGGAUUGAGAAGCUUGGAAGUUGAGCUGUGUGAGAUGUUUCCAAAUCGAAUGGAGUGAGGAAGAAGAAAGGGAAGGCCACUGAAGACUGUUUGUGAAUAGCGUUGCAGACCUGCCUUGUUUGCUUCACAUACCACAUCCCAUGUUGUCCAUCGAUGGAUUUGGUCCUUGCUGUAGUUCUCAUCGUGCCCUUUUCCGUGGGAAAUAUUCACUGUGAAGCAGUGAGGGUGAUGUAAUAUGAUCUUGAUCGGAUACUGUAAAGAGGAUGGAUGCACUUGGAAUUGUUUGUUUUGGUGGAAUGAGAUAUAACUCCAACUGUGA